GCUCGUAGACCGUGCGGCAUAAAUUUAUAUAAAAUGAUCGAUCUAUUCGUUACGAGUCUAUGGUUAUAACAUUUCGUUUAUAUUGUAACAUAUACAGCAAGUAUAGCUAACGAUAGUUAUCACAGUUUGUAUUAUUGACCAUAAUAUAUAGGUAUUAAUGCCAAUUUUUAGUCAUUGGACCUAUUAAUUAAAAGCGUACAUAUAUUUAAAUAGUAAAUCAUAGUAUUUUGAAACUAAAUUAAGUAUAACUUUGACUGCACUGUAAAAUGUCUUUUAAAAUAUAUAUAUUAAUUUGAAGAUAUUUUCUGGAAUCAAAUAGAAAAAACAUAACAGGCCAAUUUCCAAUUUGUGUCCAAUUUAUACACAAAUUCGGUAUAGGAAUGCAAGAAACAGACAUUUCCAAUAAUAUAUCAGCUCAAUUACAAUUCUCACCCAAUGUACGACCUUACUCUAAACUGCAAAUUACAUCCUCAGACAGAUUAUUGUAUUUCACAUCGAGUGAAACUGAUCACGAUGCAUCAACUUCUAUGUCUUAUUCAAUAUUUUCUAAUGAAAGUGACAGUAAUAGACCUGACAUUAAUGAUAACUUCACUUCGCAAGACGAAGAAUGGAUGGAUUCAGUUGGGAAUCAACCUAAUAUAAAACCCUUCGUGGGUGUGCCUGGAUUGAAAUCAUUUAAAUGUGAUCCAAACAAAGAAGAGAAUUUUUACUUGCUGCUGGUUACAGAAGAAAUGUUUCAAGAAAUAGCAAACCAGACCAAUUUAUAUGCAACGCAAGUAUUAUCGCAAAAACAAUCCAAUUAUUGGAAACAAUGGGUUCCCACCACCAAAAAUGAAAUAAAGAGACUCUUUGGUCUUCUCAUUUGGAUGGAUUUAGUAAUAGUACCCGAGGUACAUUUAUACUGGUCCAAGAGUAAGAUAUAUGGGCAAAGUUUCCCACAAUCCAUAAUGUCUCGAAAUCGGUUUGAAUUGCUCUUACAAAUGUUGCAUUUCACAAAUAAUGAAAACGGAAAUUUAUUAAACGACCGACUUUAUAAGAUCAGACCAAUUAUUGAUACGUUGAAUGAAAAUUUUACAAAAUACUACGAUCCACCUGAAAUUCUUUAUAUUGAUGAAUUUGUAAUACCACUUCGUGAUUAUAUCAAACAAUUGAAGACAAAAUAUAUAUGCCAAGAAGGAUACAAAUAUAGUAUCAAGAUAUUAAAAUUAUGUUUCAAUCCAGGCUAUACUUAUAACUUUCAAACAUAUUGCAACAAAAAAUCAGAUCAAAAAUUAACGAGCCCUACAAAUGCCAUUAUUUCACUUUGUCAAAAUAUAUUUUACAAAGGACAUACCAUAUGUACUAAUCGUUGGUAUACGAGUAUAGACUUGGCUCAAGAAUUAAUUACCAAAAGUACACAUUUAAUAGGAAUGGUUCAACAAAAUUGCCGUGGAAUUUCUAGAGAAGUGGUUACAAAGAAAUUAAAACCAGGAGAAAUGUUUGCAAAAGAAAAUAGUAUUGGUUUAACACUGAUGAAAUGGAAAGAUAGCCGAAAUGUUUUAUUAUUAUCUACCAAACAUUCUGUAGAAACAGUUACUAAUAGAAAAAGAAAAUCUAAUUGUACUAGACCUAAAAUUCUUCAUGAUUAUAACAUAGGCAAGCCUCGUAUUGAUGUUUCUAACCAAAUGAUGAUAUGUUCAUCACACAAACAUGUAAAAUGGUAUAAAAAAUUAGCUUUUGAACUGUUGUUAAAUAUAGCUGUUACAAAUGCUUGGAUAAUGCAUAAUAGCAUAAAAAAUAAUUCUAUUUCACUGGUAGAGUUCAAAAAACGAUUAGUCAUUUAUUUAGCAGAUUGUCGGGAUACAGUUUCUCAAAAUUUAUCUCGUGAAAUUAUGAUGACCACUAAAAAACGUCAUGAAAUUAAAAAAAGAGAAGGUAAAUUGAUACCAGUAAGACAACGAUGCAUUUCUUGCAAGAAGACAAAACGAGUAGCAGCAUUUUCUGCCGAUUGCCCUAAUGAACCUAAUUUCUGUAGUUUGGCAUGUUUUAACAAAGAACAUCGUGACAUACCAUUUUAAGCAUAAACUACAUUUAUCAAAAUUUCUUCUAUAAUAUUCUACUUAUUAUAUAAAUUUUUCAAUUCCAAUGUAAAAUAUAUGUUUUUUACAUAUAUCUUAUAUAAAUAAGAAUAUUUCAAUAUAAAAUCACGUGAAAACUGUACAGUAUGAAACGUGUUAUUUAUUAAUUUUAUAUUUAUUUGAACUAUAAUUUUAGAAAUAAGAUUUU